AUGGACGUCGUUGCUACGUUCAAGGAAUCAACUAUCCCCGGGAUUCUUGGUCCCACCAGGCAAGCUUUCGCGAAAAUCGUCGAAAAUCGGCGCCCAGAGAUCGAGAAUCAUCCGCGUCAAACAUUCCAGUUCGGCAGCACGGACAGACACCAGCUUGAUGUAUUCUAUCCCGAUGCUGCGGCAGUGUCAUCCGGAGGCCCUGCUCCUGUCUUAUUCUUCUACUACGGCGGCGGUUUAACCGGUGGGGACCGCAAGCAAGCCCCUCCCUUCGACCUUGUCUACACCAACGUGGGCGUGUUCUUCGCCAAACGCGGCAUCCUGACUGUGAUCCCUGACUACCGCUUGCACCCUCCGUCAACUAUCCUGCUCUCGUGGAGGACGUCCGCGACGCACUCGCAUGGUUCCUCGCUAACCCCUCGUCCACGGUACACUCUCGUCUACGGCCGACAUCGCCAACCUCUUCGUGAUGAGCCACUCCCCGGGUUCGAUCCACCUCGCCUCGCUCUACCUCUCUCCGUCUCUGCUCCCGAUCAACUCGCCCGUCCGAGCCGCGACGCGCGCACUCCUCCCAACGGGGAGCGCGAGGCAGCGCUGGAGAGCAUGCCGAUUACGCUCCUCAAGCGGGUAUCGGAGGAGCUUAUCAAAAGCCUGCCGGAACUCUUCGUGCUCAAGAGCGAAAACGAGCCAGAGGCGAUUUCGAAAGGGAACGACGAAUUCGUGAAGGCGCUGGAAGGGCGGCUGGGGAAGAAGGUCCAGUAUGAGAUUAUGAAGAGACAUCACCAUAUCAGCCCGCACUGGGCGCUGCUGAGCGGGGAUGGCGAUGAUUGGGGGGAAGACGUUGCUGCGUGGGUGAAGGCGAAGGUCUAA